ACUGACCACUGGAGCAAGGGAGGAAUGGCCAAAACAAAAGGGGUCAACUGGACGUAGGAAAUAACCCUUUGCUACAGCGCUCCGGAGUAAUUUCUUGAAGCUCAUUUUCGGGGAUAUAGUUGUUUUCGUUCAAAUGUUCCGUGAAGGCUUGUUGUAAAGAUUUUCCUUAAUGCAUUUCUAUUGUCUGAGAAGACACGGAGCGGGCAGGGAAGAAACAUCCUGUUAAAACGGACAGCGGAGUCUGUCUCUAACGGAAAGUAAUCUACACUUCACUGCCACUUGCCUGUAAUUUUUCGGUGCGAGGAUGGCAGCGGCACGGGCGGAUUACAUUGCUCCGUGGUGGAUUUACUGGCUGCAUAAUUUUCCUCAUGUCAAUCUGAGAUUUCAACACCUUGACAACACGUUCAAACCACAGGACGAGAAUUACCAGCAGUCUCUGAUAUUCCUGGGCUGUGUGGCGGCAGCCGGUCUGGGUCUGAACCUGCUGGGCCUGGCUGUGUACCUGAGUUGUCUGUGCUGCUGUCGGAAGGAUGAGGAAGAGGAGGAGAGUAAGAAGCCCAGCUCAUGCUGUGUGACGUGGGCCGCCGUCGCUGCUGGCCUCAUCAGCUGUGUUGCAGUGGGUGUGGGUUUCUAUGGCAACAGUGAGACUAAUGAUGGGGUGUACCAGCUCACCUAUUCCCUGUACAACGCCAAUCACACCCUGGAGGGUGUGGACAAUUUGGUGAUGGGAACCAUGAGUAGUAUGCAAAGUGGGUUGAAGCAGCACCUGGCAAGACUGGACGAGAUCUUCGCCACGCGGGGCGACUACGUCCAGACUCUUCGCUUCAUGCAGCAGCUGGCCGAUAAUGUCAUCAAACAGCUACUGGGAUUGCCGGACUGGGAACAGGCCAAAGUCGACCUGGCCGCCAUCGCAGAUCAAACUGCUUACAUUGAGUACUACAGGUGGCUAACCUACCUGCUGCUGUUGAUCCUGGACCUGACCAUCUGCUUGGCUGCUUGUCUGGGUCUGGCCAAACAGUCCCGCUGGCUCCUGACCACCAUGAUGGCGUUUGGGGUGUUGGCACUGGUCCUAAGCUGGGCUUCACUGGGAGCAGACACUGCCACUGCUGUGGGAACCAGUGACUUCUGUGUGUCUCCAGACAAGUUUCUAAUGAACCAGACUAAAGAUCUGAUUAGCUCAGAUAUUGUGCACUAUUAUCUGUACUGCAGCCAGACCCUUCCCAACCCGUUUCAGCAGUCACUGACGGUCUUCCAGCGGUCUCUAACCACCAUGCAGAUCCAGAUCCAGAGUCUCCUGCAGUUUGCUGUUCCUCUCUUCCCCUCUGCUGAGAGGGAUCUCCUAGGCAUUCAGCACGUGUUGAACUCCUCUGAGGCCAGUCUCCAUCAGCUGACAGCCUUGCUGGACUGCAGAGGUCUCAAUAAGGACUAUCUGGACGCUCUGAUGGGAGUGUGUUAUGAUGGUGUAGAGGGAUUGCUGUACCUGUGCCUGUUCUCUGUACUGGCUGCCUGUGCUUUCAGCAUUAUGCUGUGUGCCAUUCCACGCGCAUGGAGACAGAUUGCCAACAAGGAGACAGACUAUGAUGACAUAGAUGAGGAGGAUCCGUUUAACCCCCAGACAAGGCGAAUGACGUCUCAUCAGCAGAGACAGGGGAACAUGCACAGCUUCUGUAGCUACAGCAGCAGUCUGGGCAGUCAGAGCAGUCUGCAUCACAUGCGUCAGCCCACCCCACAGCCCAUCACCAACGCCCCCGUGUCUGAGUACAUGAACCAGACAGCGUUGUGGGGAAACCCGCGAUAUGAGAACGUGCCUCUGAUAGGAAGAGGUUCUCCUCCUCCCUCGUAUUCCCCCAGUAUGAGGGCCAGCUACCUGUCCAUGACAGAGGACCAGAUCCGACACUUCGGCAAUGAUUUCCGGGCCUAGAUCUGCCCUCCUGUUCUUCUCUGUCAACAGCACAGAUCUACAAAUGCAGCAACACACAACAAACGUGUGUGUGUGUGUGUGUGUGUGUGCGCGCGCAUACACAACCCCCAGUCCUCACUGUCUCAGGACUGUCCAACAAUGCAAUUCUCCAUCCCAUUACUACAAAUUACCAUCAACAAGGAAGUUCAGCUUCUCUUCCCGACUUAGACAUUUUACUCCCAGUUUUCAAAGUCUACUCCAUAUCAACAGUCAGAUGGUUCUAAUGGUCUUCCACACUGCCUGCUAUCAAGGACAAGUAAUUAAAAACUUUUCCUUUUUUUUUUUUUUUGAGAAAGGUAACGCACCUGUCAUAUCACAUUUCUGUGAGAGGCUAUGUCAAAUAUGGUUGUGUUCUUUGAUGAAUUUUGAUGGAAGAAGGAGAAUUUAGUUAUGAGUCGAGGCCUUGAACUCUCUCUUUACCAUUGUAGGUGGCAGAUGCAGUCUUUUUCCUUUUCAUGUGCAGAGUAUAGCGAGAGAAUGCUAAGUUUCAGUGGAGUGAGAUAGUAUCUGUUGUCUGCUGUUUGCUUGUCCUUUUGUUCUUUCUUCUUGACAACUGUGAGGAAACAUGAUAAAGAAUAAAUAAAUUACAUCACUUUUAUUCCCUAAUGAUGAACUGUACAGAUAUCAACACUUUCUAUCUUUAUUUAUUAACAGGAAAAAUCAGAGAAUGUUUUUUAAAGACCUCAAGUACUUAAAAUACCAUAAUGACAGCAUGUGGUUUGUGCCUCAGACCCUCCUGUCUCACUCUUGUCUGAAUUAUUAUCUGACUAAUCUGCUGUAUGACUGUUUGAUUUUUGUAAUGUUUACAAAAGUGUAAAGUAUGUCUGCAGGGACUAAAACUUCAGUGUGUGUGUGUGAUUGCAGACCCCAUUUCAAGCACAAAAAGUCAGUAUUAUUUCCAGUAUUGUUUUUCCUCACUUUGCUAUAUAAAAACGUUCUGUUUCUGAGAUAUGAACAUUUUAAGCACGGGUGAAGGAAAUAAAAGUGCUUCCCUUAAAUGCAGUGAUAAAUAGAGAGACUCUUUAGUCAUCUGAUGAAAAGUUAAAAAUCAUCCUAUACCCCAGAGCUCUGAGCCAUUUCACUCUUAAAUCUCAUUCGUCUGUUCAAACCAGCUCUGUGUAUCUCUGAGGAAAGGCCGCACUUGACUUUGUACUACCAAUAUUUCUGGGAAAAGAAUUAACAGAACCACACUGAUACCUAUAAAUAACCUGUACGAUAACAGAUACUGUGUGUUUUAUAGUCUACUUGUUUCUGUCUCGUCCAUCAACGUGUUGCCUUGCUUGUUUGAAUUAUUUCAGAGUGCCACAAGACUUUCCGAUUGGGAAAAGUUAUUGGACUACUGUGUGUGACCCAUACGAUCAUGUCAUAAUCAAACUCUUGACAGUGUGUCCCAUUGGCAUUACUGUCCUUAACUCGACUAACAUUAGACUUUUUCAUACUGUGAGAGUGCUUCACAAUGAAAGUCAGAAAUUGCUCUCACUUUCUUUCAAAUGCAGUGGCUAUUCUACUGGGCUUAUUUU